GACGGCAAGCGUUUAUUCAUUCACACACGGACCGAGUCCCGGGAGCAACUCUGUGCUGGGGCUCAGGGCCAGGCCCUGGGACACCUCGGCAGUCGUUCCCAGAGCUGCACUCGCCUGUCCAGCGGGGAACAGACAGUGGGUCCGGCAGGACUACAGCUCCAUCCAUGCCGUGGGCUGAAGAGUUUUCUGAUCCUGGACCCUUCAGGGACACCAUUCUGCUCCUAUGCUUUCCUUCUUCCUGUCCCUGAAGCCCUGCAGUCCAGAGCGCUGCCUCAGCAUCCCCAACAUGGCCCCAGGGUUCCCCUGUGAUGGCCCCUGUUUGAGUCUGCCACGUUGUGGUCCCCCUGGAACCUCUCUGCCACCAGCCCACACCUCCAAUAUGGCCCCAACCAGCAGCACAACCUCCUGCCACCCUCCUCGGAGCUUUCCCUGGGACCUGCCACUCAUGUGGCCCCAACCUGACCCAGUGCCCUCGGCCCCUUGGUCGGCCCCUUGGUGAGCCCCUACUGCCUGCCCUCACCGUGCUCGGGCAGCCCCGCACAUCAGACUGUGGCCCCCCUGCCCGGGCCACCCACUGCAGCAGGACAGUUCUCCCUGUCCCGGUGCACCCCCAGCAACACCCACCAUUUGUGUCACGAUGCCUGGGACUUCUGCGGUCCAAGAGGUGCCCAGGUCUGCUCGCCACCUCCACAGGUGCAGCUGCAGCUUUGAUCCUAGUUCAGCGCUGCUGCUGCCCCCGCAGCCUCCAGCCACCCUGGCAGCACAGCCCGUUUUCACAGAGGGGCUGUUGCAAUCGGCCUCGCCCGGGACUUGUCUAACCCCAGCCCACAGCUGAAGCUGAUCGGGAACACAAGGCCCUGGGCAGCAGCCUUGUCAGGAAAAGCUGGAGCAGCGGGAGUGCCCCAGUUCCUGAGAGCAGCUUGGUGAAAGCUGCCAGGAGGGCCCUUUUGUGAACAGAAAGGAGAAAAAAAAGUAUUGUCACAGGGACAAAAGAACAAAUGGAGAGGUCUGGGGUGCAAUAAAAGAAGACGGAACAUCAGGGCAGAACAGAGGACUUCUUGGGGCAUACAGAAAGCAAAAGAGGACACCGGAGCACAUUAAAAAAAAAAAUCACCAGGAAAACUCUGGGACAGGAGAAAGUCGCAUGGAAGACUUGGUGGCAUGAUGCAAGAUGUACGCAGGGCCUAGGAGCACACAGAGGGCUUGGUGGCACACCCAAAUACAAAGGGCCUUGCUGCCCACCGAAAGGGCUGUAACUCAUGGCGCGAGGCUCAGGGUAGCUUACGGGAUGCCUGCAGACAGCCCCUCACUUGUGCAAAGCCCAUCUCCCAGCACUGCUUCUGCUGGCCCAGAUGCCUGAGACAUCAGGGGGUGUAGAGAGCAAACCCAGGAGCGGCCUAGGAACCUCUCGCGGUCCUGGAGGGGGUCCUGGCUGCCCACCAGAUGAUGUAAAAUGUCACCAAGAGCCCAGAGCAUUUAUGGCAAUCCAAUGGAAAUUCCCUGCAGCCCUGUGAACAGCACUGGGGUACUCCAGACAUCCCCAGGGAUCCCAGUGGUCUGAGAUUGGGACCGGCUGCUCAAUCCCCAACACAUGAUGUAUAACCUCCUCACUGCACGUUGUCCUGGGCACUUUCAAGCGCAAAGGGACUGCAGCACAGCCGUACAUGCAAAGAAUAAAGCUACAGUUUAUUAAUUAAUGCAUGUAACUCCUGGGAGUGAGUCUGCCAUGGAAGUUCGCUGCCCACACGUUCCCACUUCCCCUGUGACACCUAGGGUGCCAUCACUGGUGCGGUGUUCGUCAGUCCAGUGAGAAAGGGUCAGCUCCUGCUGCUGCCGCCCUUGAUGUGGCAAGUCAGUGAGCAGCGCUCCCCUCCCCGCCUCUGUUUUUUCCUUCCAGGAUACAAUUCCGUUCUGGUAUUUGAGAGGAAAAACCUCACAGCCCCAGCCCUUUUCCCAGAAAAUACGGGCACGCGUCACUGACGGCACACCGAGUUUUCAGUCAUCUCUGGACCACUCAGAAAGCAGCAUCCCGUAAAACCAGGAUAAAAACUACCGCCUCCAAAAGGUCCAAACACCGGAGAGACUGAGGUAACGCGAAACAGCCUCUCGCCAGGACAGUGACCGAAGCAGGGGGUCACGCGCUUAAGCUGCCUCUCAGACAACCCAAGCGGCCCAAGUCAAACCGACGCUGUUGGAAAACCUUCCUUUAGGCAACAGCGUGCCAGAAAGCAGAGCUAAGCGCAGGCGGAAGAGACGUCACGUUGGCAGACUGUGCCGAUGUGGAAGACAGAUGACAACAGCGGCUCCGGACUGCUCUGCACCUGCGUAACUCGGAGCAUCUGCUGAUCUCCAUCGUGCCUUCUCUUCGCGGCCCUCUGCGUCACUCGCGACACCCUCUGACACCGCAGCGCGCCCACAGCCCCCCUCCCUAGGCAGAAAGGCGAGCGCCGCGCAUGCGUACUGCAGCCGGCCCUGCUCUGUGGCGUCACCGGAAGCGCCUCCCGGCGAUCUCAGGCCUGGGCUUCCGCUGCCUCUCGCUGCAGGUACCGCGGCCGGCCAUGAGCAAGCGGAAGGCUCCGCAGGAGAGCCCCAACGAGGGUAUCACCGACUUCCUUACUGAGCUGGCCAACUACGAGCGCAACGUGAACCGGGCCAUUCACAAGUACAACGCGUACAGGAAAGCAGCCUCCGUUAUUUCCCGGUAUCCCAGCAAGAUACGGAGCGGGGCCGAAGCCAAGAAGCUGGAUGGAGUAGGUGCUAAAAUAGCUGAGAAGAUAGAUGAGUUCUUAUCCACUGGAAAACUACGCAAAUUGGAAAAGAUUCGACAAGAUGAUACGAGUGCAUCUAUCAAUCUCCUAACACGAGUUACUGGCAUUGGUCCUGCGGCUGCUAGGAAGUUUGUCGAGGAAGGAAUUAAGACUUUAGAAGAUCUAAGAAAACAUGAGCACAAGCUGACCCAUCACCAGCGAAUUGGGUUGAAAUAUUUUGAAGAUUUUGAGAAAAGAAUCCCGAGGGAAGAAAUGCUGCAAAUGCAGGAAAUUGUGCUGGAAGAGGUAAAGAAGCUGGACCCAAACUAUAUUGCUACAGUUUGUGGCAGUUUUAGACGAGGCGCAGAGUCAAGCGGUGAUAUGGAUGUUCUCCUAACCCAUCCGAGUUUCACAUCUGAAUCAUCCAAACAGCCAAAACUUCUACGUCAAGUUGUAGAACAACUGGAAAAAGUCCACUUUGUCACAGAUAUGCUCUCUAAAGGCGACACCAAAUUCAUGGGUGUCUGUCAGCUGCCAAAUAAAGAAGAUGGAACAGCCUAUCCACAUAGGAGAAUUGAUAUCCGGCUUAUCCCCAAAGAUCAGUAUUACUGUGGUGUACUGUAUUUCACAGGAAGUGAUAUAUUCAAUAAGAACAUGAGAGCUCAUGCUCUGGAAAUGGGCUUCACGAUCAAUGAGUAUACAAUCCGUCCCUUGGGUGUCACUGGAGUUGCUGGCGAGGCCCUACCAGUAGAAUGUGAAAAAGACAUCUUUGACUAUAUCCAGUGGAAAUACCGAGAGCCAAAGGAUCGGAGCGAGUAACUGCUUGUCUAGGUGCUCAGGUGUGAUCACUGCGCUGUUCUGCUGACUGUUUGACAAGACAAACUGAAGCCACGGUCACAGUGCUGAAAAAUUUCUGGAUGUUGAGCAAUGUCACUGAGAACUAACUGGAAAUGAUGUGCGCAGUAAAGCCCAGAAGUACAGCCUGAGGUGCAAAGGCAGCUUUCUCCCUCUUGACCCAUGAUAAGCAGCAUGUGAUCUGCCCUUCUGUCCUUUCUUCAGCCACUCUAUUUUGUGCACAGAUUCCUCCUAGCUUCUCUCCCUGUGACAAAUCAAUCUUCAGCAUGCCCUGGCCAUGGAUUAGGGACCUUCUUCCCCAGCCUCAUCCUGGCUUUCUCCUUUUAUUCAGUCCCAAAUGUCCUACUGAAAUGAUUUAAGAGAUCCAGAGCAAAUCCUAAGGUUUCCAUGCUUUCUGAUGUAAGGAACACAGAACAUUACACUGUCAUGCAUGCUUAAGUGUGGUUUGUUUUAGACAAGAGCCCUCCCUUGCCAGUUCUGAACAAAUUUGUAUCUCCUUUGUGGAUGUUUCUCUCAACCAGAAACUAAUCCUGGCUAAGCAUCCAUUACAGGUUUGGCAAGGUAUGCAGAGAUUUUGUAAAUGUGUGGAAAUUCUUGAUGUACAUAAAAGGAUUAUUUUCUGCCUCCUCCGCACUAGCUCUGCUGCCGACUUUGCUGUUUUAAAAGUGGUGUGCUUUUCUUUUACUAAAUAAUGUAUCUGCUAGUGUCUUCCCUACAGAGUUUGUCCAACUGAAACUGGCUGCAAGAACUGCUGUUGUGGCUUUUAAAACCACAAGUAUGUGUGCCUGUGUAGAGAUCGUUCUUAUACAAUUGCCUCUGUCUUUGCUCUCUCUGUCUUUGAUUAGAGUGUAGUUGCAUAUUCUGGAGAACUCCUUGGAAGUUCAAUGUGUCAACUCCUUGGAAGUUUUCCAGAAUAGUUUUUCUAUGUGCCCAUUUCUCCAGUUGGGUAAGCAGGUGUGUGAGUGCUUGCAGUUCUUAUUUUAUGCGCUUAGCUCUUGGUGUAAUGGGCUUUGAGUGGUACAGCAAUGCAGAUGACUGUUCGCAAUUGCUGGGAGCUCCCAAGAGCUUUGUGUUGCCCAAAGGCAGUGAUAGCAGAAAGCAUUCCAUUUCUCUCUUUUCAUCAAAGAACAUUGCUACGCACAUUAAAUAGAUUACUAUUAUAAGAAUUGUACAGUUAUCUAAUUCCUCGUAACUGAGUCUAAAACAAAAGAAUGUUGUCAUUGCAUAUGACACAAUGUGGAGGUUAUGUUUGUAGACAUAGGCUUUUGCCAGGAUGGACCUUGCUUUUAUUUACAAAGUAAAGGAAACACCAAUACAGAACAGCACUUUGGGUGUACCUCUCAUGCUAAUUUAGUGUCAGCUGAGAGCAAAUAGCCACAUGUUUCAGAUAUGCUGUGAAAGGAAGAGGAGAAAUGGCAGUUUCCCUUGAGACUAGAGACUCUCUAAUGAGAGAUGGUGCAGUCUCUGAAUAGUGCUGAUAAUUUGCCUGGUGGUGCAUUUGUCCUGGUACCUUGAGAGAAAAAUCAACCUAUCAUUCUCUUUCUUCUGAUAUUCUUAAACAUUCAGAAAUUUAUACCCGCAUAAAUUUUUAAAGACAGAAAGAUCCAUUCUCAAUGAAGGUCACAGAUCCUAUUUUUUAUGUUAUGUUACUUUUUUUUUUUUGACAUCAAGCCUUGAUCCAAAAAAUGUUGAAGAACUAGAAACAGCCAGAAUGAGAAAGCUGGCUGUGUCCUGAGGUACUCCUAAAGAAUACCAUUUUCAACUACUAUCUGUAUCUCCUUAUCUCUGUGUUAAGCAUCCUGGUGCAGUGCUGAAGCUUCAUGCUAAGCUGUUUCCGUGUCCUUUACUUUUAAAACCUUUCGAUAUGGCCAUAUGCUAAUGUGACCAUUCUCCUGUCGCAUGUGACCCAUGUUUUUUGUUCCUAGAUAUGUUGUAGUACUAUCAGUUGCAGUGUUCUAUAUUUUGUUCAACUUGCCAUUACCCAGAAGACUGGUCUGAUUAAUUGAUGCAUUUCUACCACUCCUAUAGAGUCAGCCUGCUCCUUUUUUAUAUGCAAACCUGUUAGCUCUGAUUUUAUAGCUCCUCUUAAAUCAUUGUGAAAGGUAAUGACUAUUUUGGAUGUGAGAGGAGGUCCCGUCAAGAGUGCAUUACUAGUUGUAUUUGGGACAGGGAUUCUGUUGGUUAACUUAAAACUUAACUACUCUUAUGUAGUAAACUACUAACUUUGAUGUAUUAUAGAGCAUCAACAUGGAAUGUAUUGCUGCUACUCGAAUACCUUGUAGGAGUAUAAGGCAAAUGUAUUACAGAAUUGCAAGCUUGAGAAGGCAAGACUAUUUUAUACAUAGUCAAAUUGACUAUUGUUAAUUAUAUAACACUUUUCUUGAUUUGUUAAUGAUUAGGUCCUCUAUCUGCCUUUAUGGGGGCAGAGAGGAGCUUGCAUCUGUAUGUAUUGUCAGACUACUUAACCUGACCUAAGUCAUAAAACAGAUGUAAUACUGUUUCUUAUCUGACUUAAGCCUACAGAAUGACUACAUUUUUACUUGUCCUUAUAUAAUUAGUGUUGAUCAGUCUUAGUAAUGGAGAUUACAGACUGAUACGCUUGCUUAUCCCUUUAUUUUCUCCUGUUUUUCCUGUUGGGAGUUUUAAUUUUCUGGGAAUGUUCCCCAGCCCUAAUGCAUGCAGUGGUAUGUAAGGUGACUAGAAGUUAACUUGGUACUGUGUGAAGUCUUCUGAUGCCUUAUAGUAAAAAUAUGUAUAGCUGAUGUAUUCAGUGUUUUCUUCAAUAAUCAACAAUAAACAAAGUGAGAAGCCCAUCA